AUGCCUCGAAAAUGGAUUGACAAGAAGUCAGCCCAGCACUUCACGCUGGUGCACCGACCGCAAAAUGACCCUCUCAUCCACGACGAAAAUGCGCCUGCAAUGGUGCUUAACCCUACUCAGACCAAGAAAUCUUCUUCCAAGUCGAAGGACCUAGAUGAUCUCGCUUCCGAGUUGGGUUACGAAGCCGAAGGCGUCCGCGCGAACGAAGGAGAGGCAGCCAGCUAUGGUGUCUACUACGACGAUUCCGAGUACGAUUAUAUGCAGCAUCUGCGAGAUCUUAACACUGGAGGUGGAGAGGUUGUCUUUGUCGAGUCUGAAGCUACCGCAAACAAGGGCAAGGGAAAACAAAAGCAGUCGCUUGAUGAUGCGCUUAGGAAGUUGGAUAUCGAACAGAGUGCAGAGGAUAUUCUGGAUGAUGACAUUUUACCUUCCAAGAACCUUAUCAGGGCUACAUACGAAGCCCAGCAGGAGAUUCCUGAUUCUCUCAAGGGAUUCCAGCCUGAUAUGGACCCCCGUCUGCGAGAAGUCCUUGAAGCUUUGGAAGAUGACGCAUUCGUCGACGACGAAGAUGAUGACAUCUUCAAGCAGCUAGCCAAGGACGGCCGAGAGCUGGAAGACUAUGAGUUUGAGGAGGCGGAAUUUGAUGAAGAUGAUGGAUGGGAGUCGGAUGCUACAGCAAAGCCCACCAAGGAAUACCAGGACGACCAUGUGCCCCAGCUUGUGAAGCAGAUGGAGCAGCCUGAAGAGGGCCCCUCUCAAGACUGGCUUGAAGACUUCAAGCAAUUCAAGAAGGAGCAGAAGGGUGCCAAAGCACCAGUUGCGCCAUCACAGUCCGAGAUGCAGUCCAUGUGGACAACCACCACAAACGGUGGCCGACGCAAGAAGAGAAAGGGAGCUCUUACUGACAACUCAAGUUAUUCCAUGACUUCCUCUUCAUUAGUGCGAACUGAGCAGAUGACUCUCUUGGACGCGAGAUUCGACAAGAUCGAGGAGGCAUAUAACGAGGACAUGGAUGAUGACAUGCAGUCGGUCUCUGCUGUGUCCACCAUGUCCACGGUUCAAGGUCCUAUCCGUGGUGAUUUUGACAACAUCAUGGAUGACUUCCUCGGAAACUUUACCAAGCCAGGGAAGAGGACGAACAAGAAGAACAGGCCUCAGACCGGCAUUGAGCAAUUGGAAGAGAUUCGAAGGGGACUGGGACCUGCUCGAAUUGGAGGCCGAGCCUACAAGGCAAGAUCAUGA